UCAGCAUGGCUGCGAUUGGGGCUUUAAACCACAUUUUAUCAUUCCUGUUGAUUAUUUUCGCCGUCGACGCUCAACGGAUUGCCGAGAAGAAAUGUCAGGAGUACCGCAAUCUGACGGUGAUUCGAACCGGAAUCAUUCCGCUGAUCGCUCGACCCGUUGCCAUCGUCCACGAGGAGUUCAACUGUUCCAACACGGUGGAUGUGAUCGUCGGUGGAGAGGAAGCCCACGAAGGUGAGUUCCCCCAUCAGGCCCUGCUCGGUUGGAAAUCGUUGGAUUACGCCACCGAGUAUGUUUUUCUCUGUGGAGCGGUGCUGGUCAGCGAGUGGUUCGUGAUGACCGCUGGUCACUGUAUCGUGGAAGGGGAACGCGGAAAGCCGGCUGUGGUCCGGCUCGGGGAGCAUGAUUUGGACAACGAAUUCGAUCAUGCUGUGGAUUUCGAUGUGGAUCGCGUCGUUCGUCACCCGCUGUACAAAGCGAGCAGCGUGUACAACGAUAUCGCACUGGUGAAGGUUAAGCGAGACGUGCGGUUCUCACCGUACAUCAGACCGGCUUGCCUGUGGACUUCGGAAACGAUCAACUACACGUUGGCUAUCGCGACCGGUUUCGGUCAGCUGGGAUUUUUGGUGGAACCUGCCAGGAAACUCAACAAGGUGAAACUGGAAAUUUUCGAAUCAUGGAAGUGCGACCGGGCGUUUGAGAGGAAUCGCAAAUUUCGGAACGGUAUGGUCGCUUCGCAGAUCUGUGCUGGAAGCGAGGGCAACCGCGAUACCUGUAAGGGUGACUCCGGAGGGCCGCUACAGGUGAUGGUGGAGGAGAAAGGAUGCACUUAUCACGUGGUGGGGCUGACGUCCCGAGGACAGGAUGCUUGCGGAUGGAUGAAUCCUCUGGCGAUCUAUACGAGGGUUUCGUCGUUUGUCAGCUGGAUCGAGUGGGUCGUUUGGGGCGAGGACUGGGUGGCGUGGGAAUAA